AUGAGCAGAGCUCUCCUCCGCUCCGUUCUGGAGCCUCGAACAUGCUCUCCAUUGCCACGGCUGACGCUGGCUCCCGCCAUCUCCCUGCCCACGCGCUGCCUCCGCUCCUUCAACAGCACCACGCCCAUCAUCGAGCCGGCGCAGAAACCUCACGCCAACAACGCCCCCAACCCAACCGACGGGCAGAUCCGCCCGCUGGCCUUCAAGAAGAGCCAUCCUACGCCGCCGCCGGCCCCGAUCCAAGAUUCCGUCAAGAACCUGCUCCCGUUCCUGGUCGCCCAGCCCAACCACUACAUCACCGUUCACAUCCACGGAUUCCCCUACCUCGUCCAGGAGGGAGACCAGAUCCGCCUUCCCUUCCGCAUGCCGGGCGUCUUGCCCGGCGAUGUCUUGCGCCUGAACAGGGCGAGCGUUAUCGGCAGCCGUGACUACACCAUGAAGGGAGCGCCGCACAUUGACGAGCGCAUUUUCGAGUGUCGCGCCACAGUCCUGGGGGUGGAGUCGGAGCCGUUGCGGAUAAAAAUCAAGAAGAAGCGGAGACAAAGAAGAAAGAGGCAAGCCAGGAGCAAGCAUCGCUACACCAUUCUGCGCAUCUCGGAGCUCAAUAUCAAUAACGUGGAUCAGCUGGAAUGA